AUGUUUUCUUCUCGUUUGUGGUCGAAAGGAAACUACUCGACGGCGGCUUCAGCCGUUGCUGCUGGUACCUUUUUUUUUCGUCGCUCACAGUCUUCCACUGAACAAGAAGAUAUACGAAACUCGUUACAUUAUGCCACAUGCUCUCCGUUGAAAUCUAUGAUUAAGAAAACAUGGCCCUCUAUCCAGGAAAAUAGUACCUACCGAAAUUCUUUCAUUCAUUUUGCUAAAUGUGAUUCUCCAGAUGCUAUUCUUAUACGGUUUCUAAAAUCUUGCCGUAUGGAUCCAGAUCAGGCUAGUCUGAAGCUACUUAACACUUUGAAAUGGCGCAUCGAAUCUAACGUCGAUAAAGUAGUAGAACACGGUGAGUUGUUUGCUAAAGAGAAUAAUGACGAACAAUUUAUAAGACAGCUUCGUACCGGAAAAGUCACUAUGCUUGGCAGAGAUCUUAAGGACCGCCCGAUCUGUUACAUACGUGCGCAUUUACAUCAACCAUCAAAGGAGACGCAAAAGUCAUUGCGAGAAAUGACAAUUUGGGCUAUGGAAACCAUUCGUCUCUUUUUGCAUUCGCAACCUACCUUACAAGCAUCGAUAGAUGAUCCUCAGAAUGUUAACGUUUUGUUCGACUUGAGUAAGUUCUCCCUAAGCAACAUGGAUUAUUCAUUUGUGAAAUACUUGUCCUCUUGUCUGGAAUUAUACUAUCCUGAAUCCCUGGGUGUUUGUAUUUUGCAUAAAUCCCCAUGGAUUUUCCGAAGUAUAUGGAACAUUAUAAAAGGGUGGAUUAAGCCGGAAAUCACAGAAAAAAUUGUUUUUACUCAAAAUUCAAAGGAUCUGGAAAAGCAUAUUGGUCGCGAGGUGAUUCCUGCUAGUCUGGGAGGAGAUAAUCAGCAUACGUAUGAAUAUAUUGAACCAAAGGAAAAUGAGAAUCAACGUGUUGUUGAGGACAGCUACGAAAAAGAAAUUGCACUUGGCCGCUAUUUUGCUUAUUAUAAUGAAUGGGAGCAACAUGCUCUACACUGGGCCCAAACAACAAAUGAAGAUGCACUGAAUGAAAGACUGCGUACAAAUUGCGACAUUGCAGGCACAAAUUUUUCGAAAGAGUAUUGGCGUGUUGAUAAAUAUCUUCGUGCAAGAACUGUAUAUGAUCGUUUGGGAUUGCUAACCAACAAAUCAGGACAGACUGUCUAA